ACCUUCCGCAACGCUUGCGACACACUAGUUACAGAAAGGUUAGGGGACGUUUCGGAACGUGUUUAUCGGGUGUCUGUGAUCAAGAUGAAGUUUUCCCUGUUGGCGCUGUUUGCGCUCGCGUGCGCCGUCAUGGCCGCCGACGAUAUCGACUGGUCGAAGGUUCGCCCCAUGACCCGCAUGCCCCAGUACUGGCGCCGCCUGCCCAAGGACCUUCUGAAGCAGUACCUGACCGAGGUGCGCAACAUGCCGGCGGGUGCCCGCGAUAACGCCCGCAUCGUCAACGGUUACGUUGCCCAGCCCGGCCAGUUCCCGUACCAGGUCGCCAUCCUGAGCACCUUCCCGACCGGUUCCGGGCUGUGCGGUGGUUCCGUGCUGACUGCCAACUACGUCCUGACCGCUGCCCACUGUGUCGACGUUUCGAACGGUGGUCUCGUCAUCUACGGUGCCCAGGACCGUACGGUUAACGAGCCGAGUCAGCAGCGCAUCGCGUUCGAGCAGAGCGGCGUCCGCCUGCACCCGAACUGGAACCCGGCCCUCAUCCGGUACGACAUUGCGACCAUCCGCGUCGUGUCGCCCGUCACCUUCAGCGAUCGCAUCCAGCCGGUGACGCUGCCGCGCCUCAGCGAUGUGGGCAACGACUUUGCCGGCCUGAUCGGUACCGUGUCCGGGUUCGGGCGCUUCUCCGACUCGAUCCAGGAGGCGUCGGCCAUCCUGCGCUACGUCAACAACCCGAUCCAGACGAACCUGGCCUGCUCGGUGCGCUUCCCGGGCGUGGUGCAGCCGGAGAACAUCUGCCUGUCGGGCGAUUCUGGCCGCGGUGCCUGCCAGGGCGAUUCCGGCGGUCCGCUGACGAUCGUGCGCGACGGUACGACCGUCCAGCUCGGUGUCGUGUCGUUCGGUCUCGCUCUCGGCUGCGAGCUUAACUGGCCGUCCGUCUUUGCCCGUACCACCUCCUUCCUCGCCUGGAUCGGGGAGAACUCCGACGUUCAGCUGCUGCCGUAAAGUGUCCUCCGCUUAACCUAAAAUUAUAAUACAGACCAAAAAAAAGACAGAUUCGUUACUAAAACAACA